CAAAACCAUUCUUCAAAAGAGCAUUCAACUUUGCGAUACGAGUACGAUACUCACGCUUGACCAAUAGCAAAAGAAAAAGCAACAGCAAAAGCAACAGCGCCAACACCACUCGCUCGGCACACAAAGCAUGGCGCCGCCGGACACCCUCGAAGCACUCGGCCACCUGCAGGACUACGCGGAUGCCUCGGAGAAGGCCCACGACGAGCUGAAAUCCUGCCUGUGGCAGCUGACCAAGUCCCGCCGCAACGUCCGCAGCGGCAUCCUCGGGGUGGAUUCGGCGAACGCGUACACCGCCGGGUUGCUCCGCGAGGAACUCCGGGCCCAAUUCCGCGUUUUCGACGCGGCGGCCCGCGGGGACAACGACGGGAUCGCGGACCUGGUGAACGAGGAGGAGGGGGCUGCUCCCGCGAAGGACUCCGGGGCGGCUUCGGCACGUUCGUCCGCCCCCGAAUGGAAACUCUGCAACGUGCGACUCGAGAGGAAAAAGCCAAAGACCGAUGACGAGCAAUCCUUGGAUCCGAACCCGUCCUCGUCGUGGAUGGUGGUGGAAGAGGAAGACCUCACGGACGGCGACGACGAACGCCGGAACGAGGACCUCGACGAGGAGGAACGGAUUCUCCAGACGGAUCCCCUCAAGCUGUUCGGGGGGUACUUCACGGCCCGGGAGCUGAAGGUGGCACAGCGCAACGCGCAGCGGGCCCUCGACGGCUACAUACAAGCCGCCAGCGAUGCGGCCAGGCUUCUGGCGAUGCUGCCCGCCGAGAAAUGACCGGGCCAAAUCAGAACAAUCGAGAUUCAGUGGCUAGCCAACGCAAGCUAACCUUAGCUCCGAGUGCUAGCAAAUUUUUCGAUAGUCGCUAGGUGCAUCGACACCUUUUGAAUAGCAAGUUGUAUCAUUAUUUUUAGUUGACAUAAAACGCAUUUU